AUGGAAAUCCACGUCCUCCUUCAAGCAAACUGCGAAAAGCUUCUAGAGCAGUACCGAAUCAACCUGCGCAGUGUUCGCGCCCUACAGGCAACUCUUAUUGAUGAUAUCCUACCUUCGAUCCGGGAUGAGCUUGAUUUGAGCCAGGAAGCCACGAGCUGGGCCAAAGUCUGGUUGGAGGACACAUUCACCGUCUUCCAAAUAGCUAGACGACAUAAAUUCACGCGUUCAUUCGCCAUGGAAUCGAUUAGGAAAAUUCUAGUUUGGAGACUGGACGUCAUGUGGCCAGUAGUUGACUUUGGUUCACUACCAGCGGUGUUUUGCUUUCCAAAUCACAUCCGCGACCCUUUCGGCCGCCCCAUUCUCUUGAUCAAGUCCUCAUCGUUAUCGAUGCUGUCGGACAGUUCAAAGGCGCCAAUAACUCAGGGACUUGAACUUCUUAGGCAGCAUUUACGGCUGCUGAAUAUCAGUCAAACAGAAGAUGACCCCCCAAUCCUCCAAUACGUAGUACUUCUAGACUUGGCAGGGUUAUCUUUGCAAGGCAUCAACAUUGAUCUCAUUACCUGGACCCUUCGUGAGACGAUACCCCGAUUUCCGGGAAUGUUGGCAGCAGUUUUCAUGGUAAAUUACUCGUGGGCACAUUCAGGUAUCUGGACGGUCGUGAAACGGCUUCUUCCUUCUGCAGCACUCUCAAGGGUGUUUUUUCCCACUCGGAAAGAACUUCUGGAUUUUUUUACCCCAGCAUGUUUACCCGCAGACUAUGGCGGGAGUCUACCGUGUCUAACAAGAUUAGAGGAUCCUCUGAGGGCCCAUCAAAUAGGUGUACCCACUCAGCUUCUUCCUUCAGUACAACCGCUUGAACCGCCCUCCAGCCCACCUUUAGCCCCGACUACGACUUUCAUUUCCCGAACGUCUAUCCUCAAUCCCUUUUUUGGCUACCCUGUGGAUUCUUCCCGCGGUUCUACGCGACUUCAACACGGUCGCCGUCGAAAACGGGACCUCAUCCGCACGCUAGCAUUCCUACUCUGGAUGCGAUGGCGAUCCUACAUCAAGCUCACCACCUUGCUCCUUUUGCUGGCAGGUGCCAUCCGUCUGUUGACCCGAAAAGGCCUACAUCAUUCGUUGCGCAGAAUAUUUCUAAAGGCUUUACCUUGGAGUUAA